AUGGGGGCUGAGGCGCAGCAUGGGAGGCCUCGAGACACGGGGCAGAUGACUACGCGGGAAGCGCGCGCUGGGGACGGCGAGCCUGCGCCCCCUGGGGCCAGGGCGCCAUCGCCGGCGCACCCCGGACGGAGCGGCGGCACAGCGGAGCAGCGGCGCAGCUCGGGUCUGAGAGGCAACGACAAGGGGGGGACUGGCACAGGGGGAGAGAGAGACGUCAACCCUCAAAAGGAGGCAGCCAGGCCAGACGCUCAGAUCACGUCGACGCCGCUCUCUGUCGGCCCCAUGCCCGUCAGAGCCAAGGCAAAACAGGACAAGAGAACCGUGCAUCCACGAAGGACGCGCGGGCGGAAAGCGUGA